GUGGAGACCUUGUUGGACCGUCACUUGGCCUAUUGCGACGCCCAUUUCUGUGGCCACCCCGACGUGGGACUGAGACCGGGGCCGCAGGACAGCCAGUGGGUCCAAGACUGGUUCAGGCUCGCCAACAAGAAAUCAGAGAUGAGUCAGAGCUUUGCUUGGGCGGUCUUCAGCAGCCACCGAGACCGCGAUGAGGCGAUCCACAAGAUGUUGGCUCUGGAGAAAGAUCGACGAGGCAUCCACUGGCGGGAUCCUGACGGCACUUGCUAUCCAUUGGACUUUGGAAUUCCGCGUUGCGAGCCCACCAACGUGCGCUGGGAUCACCUGGGCCUUGGGCUGUGCUCAAGGCGCUUGCGCUUCUUGGGCGCAGUGCUUAUUUGGUCCAUGGCCGCAGCUGGGUUGGCCUUCUUCGUUUAUGUGCCCUAUGCUGAGUACGUCACCGGCUUCCUCAACGAGGGCUUCAUGAUGGGCUUGCUGGGCUUCCUCAUUGGUCUCACAUGGUGGGCCAUGUGCAUGAUGAUAGGCACUUGCGUGAACAUUGCGGGGUUUCAGACGAUUGAAGAUGAGAACCUUUUCAUCUUCAUUUUCUUCACCAUCUUUUGCGUGGACUUGUGGCAACAUCACACCAGCAGCUGGUUCGAGAGCAUUGAAGGCUCAGCACCGGGUGUCUUCCAGGUGUUGGUACCUGGAGUGCUCUUCACCCCCUGUUUGUUGAGUCCGCUGAACAACUUUCUGAUCCCAUACUUCAGGGAGUCAGCGCUUUUGGUGCUCUUUGGCCAAGGCAAAAGCGGACGAGAAGCUGAGCGCUUCCUGGAACCACUGCCCAUCGGCAUUUGGGCCUUUUUCUUCUAUCUCUUCCAGCGUUUCAUGCACCUGCGAGUUUGCAAGAAAAUGUACUGCACCUCUAACAAACUGGACUCGAUGGUGCUCUACUUUGGUUGGGGCUUGCUCUUAGCUGAGCUCGCUGCCUGCCAUGCUUACUGGCGGGUGAGAUUGCAAGAAUGGCAGUGGAUUUCCAUCCUGCAAAGUGUGAUCAUGUCCUACGCGAUCUACUGGACCUUCUUGUGGCUGCUGGGCGUCCCUUGGCCUUUGCGCCUCCACGGCGAGCUUGACGUCUUGGAGCGUAGCCGGGAGCGCUCCGACGAUGAUCGAUGUCAAUCAUGCGAAGACUUUUGCUACAAUUGGCUCAAUGUGAAUCCAGUCUAUGUCCUGAAGAGCCAAUACUGCGAGACCGACGGGGACCCGAUGAUCUUUUACGAGCCUGGCACAGGGUACCUCCAGCUGGCUCCAACUGAUGAGACCUGUGUCCAGAACACCAGCAAUCAAAGAUGGAAGAUGGCUAGUUCAGGCCUUUGGUUGGAGUUGGAAGGCCUCGGCUGCAUUGGCAUUGCGCCCUUCCUGGACUCUGAGGCCCCAGAUCGAACGUGA